CAGUGAGGAAGAAAGUUCAGCCAGGGAGACAUUUCUCAAAGACUUUCCGGUUGACACCUGUAAACCUGUUUUCAGGGAUCCCUGAUGUAGUGUCACUUCUUUUCUGGAGAGAAAAAACACCAGCAGCCACGAGAAAUAUUCUACAACCAAGACUGUCAUCAUGGGAAGCUGGUAUGGAAACGGUAAUGCCUCAGUUGAACUGAAUAUUCUGCUGGUUGGUCCCAGGCGGACGGGCAAGAGCUCUACUGGUAACACGCUGCUAGGCGGGGGGCCGAUUUUUGACACCAAAGGAGGCGGAGCCAGCACAGCUGCCGGCGCCACCACUGUUGGACGUAUCGUGACCGUUGUGGACGCACAAGGCUGGGGCUCAUCUGAGGAGUUUGUGCCCCGGGAGGAAAAAGUUGAACUGAUGCGGUCGUUGUCUCUUUGCGGACUCGGAGGACCUCACGUUAUUCUGAUAGUGAUCCCUCUACUGGACUUUACGGAGCAGGAGCAGAGAGCGGUGGAGAGGAGGAUGGAGAUGCUGACCCCCUCAGUGUGGAGACACACGAUGGUGUUAUUCACAUGUGGAGACUUGCUGGGGGGCAGAGGGCUGAGUGUGGAGGAACGCAUCCAAUCAGGAGGCCCUGCUUUGCAGUGGCUGCUGGAGAAAUGUCGCAACAGAUACCAAGUGUUUGACAACAAAACUGCAAAUAUUGGCAAGCAGGAGAGGAGAAAGCAGGAGACCCAAGGAAGUGGGAAGAAAAAGGAGGGGACAUGGUGGAGGAAAAAUGAGGAGGAGGUGGGGCGGAAGAGCAGAGCAGGCGAGGUAAAUGAAAGAAAGGCGGGAGAGCAGGAGCAGGUGAGAGAGCUGCUGGGUAAAGUGGAGGGCAUGCUGCAGGAGAACGGAGGAUGGCACUUCUCCCUCCACAUGUAUCAGAGGAUGGAGGAGGAGUGGUGCCGCAGAGAGCAGAAGCUGAGAGCUUGGCUGCAGGCAGAGACAGAUGUGGGAGGUGUGAGAAGGAAUCAAACAAUAGCAGAGACAAAGAUAAACAUUGAGCCGGGGCAGGAGCAGAGGUCAGAGACAGAAGAAGAAAAUGACGAAAAAGAGCGAGAUUGCCUGAGGAACGAGCAAGAGAAGCAGGAGGAGGGUGAGGAGAGGAACACGAGUAGAGGGGGUGAUGAAGAGGAACGAGGGAGAGUAGAGAUGAGCAGUGAGGAGGACAGAUGGGAUACAAGCUCAGACAGUGGAGUAGAGAGAGAGGAGGGUGAUGAUAUGAAAACUGGACUGAUUGCUCCAUUCCGGUCUAAUGAUGGUCAAAGGUUAGCCUUUAGCCCAAUCAGAGGGCUGGCCUAA